GAGGAAUAGUUGGACCCUGGACUGUUUUUAUUUCAAGCCAGAGUCCGCUCGUUAUUUAUUUCUAGGUGACAAAAUGAAUCUGCUCAGCUCGGACGCUUCUUCCCACUGGGUGUUGGAGAAAGAUGGGACCACGUUUGAAUUGUUUACCCUGAUAUGUGCUCGCAACUUUUAAUAAGACAGCUAAAUAAGUGAAAGCGGUUGGUGCAGACAUGCAACUUGGAUUGCUUUAUAUAAACAGACAAAGUGAUUAGUUUGCGAUAAACGUCGGUGGAGGGGAGCUGCUCCUGCGCGCUGCUCUUUCCAAAUUGAUUCGUGCAAAUAAAGUCAGAAAGCUGGAUAGUAAGGAGACCAUCGUUCCUGUGUAUGCCCUUCCUUACUGGUUUCCAAAGUUAAUAGUAGUGGAAGGGGCUGGUGUAUUGGUGUACGGAGAGGGAGAGAGACACACAACACACAGAGAGAGAGGGAGAGGGAGGGGAUGGUGGUAUAGUGGGGGCUGUGUGGUCGUGGCAGAGCUUUGAAGAUCACUCAUCAGAGCGCAAGGGGGGCCCGGGGAACGGAGACCGAGCCCGAGUGAGAGUCAGAAUGCUCCUGCGUGCGGAGAGCGGAGCUGGAAAAUCACAGAGCGCAUCUGGAUGAAGGAGGGACAAAACAGAAAAGAAAAAAAAAGUGGGGUUCCGGAUGGAGCUUAAAACAACAGGAAUAUCACAGGCUGGGCUUUUCCUCGCAUAUGGAUUAUCAAAGGAUUAUAACGUUCAGUCGGAAUAUCUCAUUCAUGCGUGAAUUUGGCUGCUCAAGGUAACAUCUCCAGCAGUGUGCAACAGGAAGCGUCGUCCGUGAGCAGCCAUGGGCCAGGGAGCUGCACUUCUGCUCAGCAAGCUUCUGCUGUUGCUGGCAGCCUCACGCACUCUCCUCGCAGUCAGCUUCCCGGAGGACAUCGUGCCCCUCGACGUCGUUGACGCGCACUUUACUCGGAGGUACCCUGUGUUCAGAGGCAGGCCCUCUGUCAACGACUCCCAGCAUCGCCUCGACUUUCAGCUGAUGACCAAAAUACAGGACACGCUAUUUAUCGCUGGCAGGGAUCAGGUGUACCUCGUCAGUCUGAGAGAAUCCUACAGGAAUGAGAUCAUUUCUUACCGGAAGUUAACAUGGCGGUCGGGCCAAGGUGACAGAGAGAUGUGUGCUGUGAAGGGAAAACAUAGAGACGAGUGCCACAACUUUAUUAAAGUGCUGGUUCCCAGAAAUGAUGACCUGGUGUUCAUCUGUGGCACCAAUGGCUUCAACCCCAUGUGCAGAUACUACAGGCUGGAUAACCUCGAGUUUGACGGGGAAGAGAUCAAUGGUUUGGCGCGGUGCCCGUUUGACGCCAAGCAAACCAACGUGGCCCUGUUCGCUGAGGGAAAGCUGUAUUCUGCAACAGUCGCCGACUUCCAGGCCAGUGAUUCUGUCAUCUACCGUAGUAUGGGAGACGGAUCAGCACUGAGAACCAUCAAAUACGACUCCAAAUGGCUGAAAGAACCUCAUUUCCUGCAUGCAGCCGAGUUUGGGAAUUACGUGUACUUUUUCUACCGGGAGAUCGCCGUGGAACACAGCAAUCUGGGAAAGGUUGUUUAUUCCCGAGUGGCCCGGAUCUGCAAAAAUGACGUCGGCGGGUCGCAGCGAGUGCUGGAGAAGCACUGGACCUCUUUCGUGAAGGCGAGGCUGAACUGCUCUGUGCCGGGGGAGUCCUUCUUCUACUUCGACGUGCUUCAGUCCAUCACCGACAUCAUCGACGUCAACGGCGUUCCCUCCGUGGUGGGCGUUUUCACCACACAGAUGAACAGCAUUCCGGGGUCAGCGGUGUGUGCCUUCUCCAUGACUGACAUAGAGAAAGUGUUCAUGGGCCGGUUCAAGGAGCAGAAGACCCCCGACUCUGUGUGGACACCGUUUCCAGAGGAGAAGCUGCCAAAACCUCGGCCUGGGAGUUGUGCAGGUCACGGUCCGGCUGCGUCCUUUAAGAGCUCUGUGGAGUUUCCAGACGACACCCUGCAGUUCAUCAAGUCCCACCCUCUUAUGGACACAGCUGUGCCUUCGAUUGGGGACGAGCCUUGGUUCACCAAAACACGUGUCCGGUACCGACUAACAGCGCUGGCUGUAGACGGCCAAGCAGGACCCCACAAGAACUACACGGUGGUCUUCGUCGGCGCCGAGUCAGGGGUCGUCCUUAAGGUCUUGGCGAAGACUUCCCUUCUCUCCCUGAAUGAGAGUCUGUUGCUGGAGGAGAUCGAUGUCUUCAACAGGGCCAAGUGCCCGUCUAACCGCGAGGAUGACAAGCGUGUCCUCUCGCUUCAUGUGGACAAUAACACACACAGCCUUUACGUUGCCUUUUCAAGCUGUGUCAUCCGUAUUCCCCUGAGUCGCUGUGAAAGGCACUCCUCCUGCCAAAAGUCAUGCAUUGCAUCGAGAGAUCCUUACUGUGGCUGGAAGCCUCAUGGAGCCUGUGAGAGGAUACAGCCUGGUGUUUUGAAAGGAUACGAACAGGAUGUUGAAUAUGGAAAUACCACUCACCUUGGAGACUGUCAAGUGUUUUUGGGCACUACCUCAGCGCCAGAUUACAAAUCAUUUGGCGACCCUACCUCUGACAUGGCGUUUUCAUCUGCACCAGUCACUGUCCAACCCAGUGGGCCCAUACAGCCCCCAGUACUCAUACCCAGUCAAAGCCCCAGCUCAGGGCCUCGUCCAGAGCUCUACGGCUCAGGCUUUGUGCUACAGGAUGACCCAGCCACAUCCCAUUCUUUAAACUCUCUCCCAGGGGGGCCAGAGGGUGUAUGGGAUAUCCGUACUGGUGACAGUAACCAGAUGGUCCACAUGAACAUCCUCAUCACCUGCGUCUUCGCUGCUUUUCUGAUGGGGGCUCUCCUGGCUGGGCUGAUCGUUUUCUGCUAUCGAGACUCUGUCCUUCGUAAACCAAGGCACGUCCACAAGGACAUGGAGUCUGCACCGUCCUGCUCUGACUCAACUGGGAGUUUUGUCAAGCUCAAUGGCCUAUUUGACAGCCCUGUAAAGGUACAACUAGAAAAAGAAUACCAAACCAACAUCGAUUCUCCAAAGCUGUUCACCAAUCUGCUGAGCAAUGGUAAAGACUUGAGUACGCCCAAUGGUGACACCAAGACAAUGAUUCUGCGGGAUGGCUGUCAGCCCCCAGAACUGGCUGCUCUACCCACUCCAGAGUCCACUCCUGUACUUCAGCAGAAAAGCCUGCAGCCCAUCAAGAACCAGUGGGAAAAGGCUCACGGAAAGGUCAGCGGGCCCCGUAAGGAAGCCAACCCAUCAGCAAAGAGUCCACAGUUUCUUUCUUCUUCACCUGCACCUGCGAAUACAAGUUCCAACCACCCUCACAUUGCCCUGGGACACUCCCACAUCCCCAGUGCAGUUGUGCUGCCCAAUGCUACACAUGACCAGCCUAACCUUGACCAUGGCGAUGAAACUUUGCCACAUUCUUCUGAAAAGCAACUGAAGAUUCCAGAUUGUAAAGGAAACAGGAAAGAUCAGAAGAGGUCUGUGGAUGCCAGGAAUACCCUGAAUGACCUUUUAAAACAUCUUAAUGACUCUGUGGCCAACCCAAAGGCCAUUCUUCAAGAAGAAUCAGGGCCUCGCCCAAGGCCUCAUCUCAUGCUGGAGCCAAUGGAGGAGCUGACUGAAGUACCCCCAGCUGUGCCCAGCCGUGAAGCUUCCUUGUACUCUCCCUCCUCCUCUCUACCAAGGCACAGCCCCACUAAAAGGGUCGAUGUGCCCCUGCCCUCCACUCCCACUACACCCACGGGAAGCCUAAGCAUGGGUGGGACCCUUGAGAGGCAAAGAGGAGGUUACCAACUCCACCGGAGUGCCUCUCACAGGCAGUCCUUAUCGACCUCACCAAAUGGAGUAACCAUGGGGGUGUCUGUGUCUCGCCAGCACAGUAUGAACAUAGGGGGAUACAUGCCCCCAACACCCCCUUCUAGACUUGACUCCCAUGGUGCAAUGGUGGCACCGGGGAUGCACUCGCCCCACACACCUUCUGUUUCUCGACAGAGCAGCUACAGUGGGCAUGGCUCGCUUCCCCGAACAGGGCUUAAAAGGACCCCAUCAUUAAAGCCAGAUGUGCCCCCAAAACCCAAUGGGUUUCCUCCACAGACUCCACAGAUGCGAGUGGUCAACAAGUACAGUUAUUAACAUGGACAACCAUGGACAUUUCUAAGCAGGCUCUUGGUCUGUAGAGCUUUGUGCUCAAGGGCUUGGGGUGUCUGGAUGGGAUAAGGCCUUGUGUGUGUUUGUGUAUCAACUUGAGGUGUUUCAAUGCUCUUCAAAUGGCAUGUGCAUUACACUUGCACUGGAAAGGGGAAACACCACAUGGCCAAAGAAACCUACUGGGCCUCCCUCCAACCCCAACUGCUUCCCUGCACCCAGUAGCCACAUGGAAAUGAAUAGCAGACAAUGGUGAAUUUGCUGCUCACCAUUGUUCCUGGGUUUUGGUGCCACCUGUUCCAAUGUAAGGUACAAGGUUUAGGGCAUCCUCAACAGGCCAGUCUGGCACACGUGCGUGGGCAAAAGUGGUAGAAUACUUGAAGAAUGGUUCUCAAUUGUCACUGCCCUUGAGCACUGUUUUCCCACUAAUGUGAACUGAUCAGAGGAGAGGUAGGCAAUGACUAUGGUUGUGAUAUGCCUGGGGAAAUAAAGAAAGUUAAUAUUCAUUGUGUGCGUUCUGCUUUAGCAACUAAAUUGAAUAGCAGGCAAGGUGAAAAAGGAUGUGAAUGCUUGAAUGUGUCUCGGUCGACCAGAGAAGCAGCUUUCUGAAAAAGUAACGCAUAUAUUUGGUCUUGAGUUUCCACAUGCCAGUGAAAGCACCUUAAGAUGUGUUGAGGACUUGAGUCACUGUCUUUUAUUCCAACAUUAUAAUCUGAAUCGAGGAUGCAUCCAUUUUUGUGUCACACACUAAUGAUCAAAUGGUUGGGUCGGGUUGAAGUUGCUUAUGUUGGGUGUGUGCUGAAAGCAGGGACUCUGUUACUCACUGGGAAAUCUUACUUCUUGACAUUUGCUGCUAUGGGUUUUAGACAGAGCAUUCGUCAUUAAUGCAUUGUUUCCUCAACCAAUGCUAGGACAGCUGAUAUGGGCGUGGACACUUGCUUGUUGUGUCUGAGUAUGUGUGUUAUACUGUAAACAGAGGUGGAAAAGUACAGAUCAACAACACACUGUCAAGACUAGAACAUUGGACAGAAUGUUUUUCUCCAGGACUGAAAUGUAUCCUUUUCUUAAUUGCCCAUGUCUAGGAGUUCUACUGGUCUCCUCUCAUUAGUAGUAGUAUUAAAAAUACAUAAUAUCGUCCCGCUUUUGAAAUACUUUUAAACGUUAUUUUCAAGUGUUUCUUGUCCCUCAUUAAAUGUACCACUGUGAAAGUAGCAAAGGAAUUUUAUACAAUGUUGACAUUUCAGUCUAUUUCUGUUCUCUUAGACUUCUGCCCCCUAAUAACACAAGGCUGCCAGGAGUUUGCCCCUGCAAUAAACCUAAAGAAGAAAAACAAAUCUGAACUCAGUACAGUGCAACAACAUAAUAUUCUUGUCAUGUGCUCCACAGCCUGGGUUUCUAGUGCAGGUUUUUUCUGCAGAAGGCCAGUGUACAAUCAACACAACAUUCACUAAUGUGUCCAAAUAAGUCAUGCUGGGAAUGACAAGGUCCUGUAUAUACUUAAAUAAUAUAAAUAAAGGGUAUAAAUAUUUUUAGGCAACUGAACCUGAAUCUGUGCAUUGUGUGCCUUAUCAACAAAACAAAUUAGUACAGUAUGUAUUGUUGGGAAUGUCAAUUGGUUCUCUGUAUGUGUCACAUGUUCUGCAAAUGUUUUUAUACAAGCAAUUUGAAAUUUAGCAGGAUGUCUGUCAAAAAAAAAAAAGUUUCUAACUAAUUCCACUUGGGAGUUUAAGUCCCCC